CCCCUCAAUAAGCCACAUUGUUGCACGAAACUCCGGCGCAGGAGUCCCAGGUCGCAGCUAACACACCGUGUCACCACGUCGGGAAGAUCCGCGGGCUAGAGCAGCGCGUGUGUGAGCCGGACAGGUCCUAUCGUCUUAGCAGAGCUGGGCUGCGAUUCUUCCCAAGUUGAGCCUUAGUGAUCCUGUGGCUGAAGUUAGCGCCUUGACCGUGGUGCAAUCCGACACGUCGCCGGGAGUGAUUCUUGGGCGCCUUCUAGCAGUUGUGACUCCCCAAACCUGUUUCUAGAGACCUGAGACCCUCCAGCCGGGCGCGCCAACGCCGUUAGCCUUCUUUGUGUGCCGCUCCGAAACACCGCUCCUGUCUGGGCCGCCAACCCCGGGUAAAAAAGCAGUUCGACCGCGCCACCCUCCUUCCUCGCACGCGUUUCAGCCUCGGUUUCUUGACUCGGCACCGCCAGGCCGCAGCAGGAUGAUCGCCUCGCAUCUUCUCGCCUACUUCUUUACGGAGCUCAACCAUGACCAAGUGCAGAAGGUUGACCAGUAUCUCUACCAUAUGCGUCUUUCUGAUGAGACCCUUCUGGAGAUCUCUAAGCGGUUCCGCAAGGAGAUGGAGAAAGGGCUUGGAGCCACCACCCACCCUACUGCUUCUGUGAAAAUGCUGCCCACCUUCGUGAGGUCCACUCCAGAUGGGACAGAACAUGGAGAGUUCUUGGCUUUGGACCUUGGAGGAACCAACUUCCGUGUGCUUCGGGUGAGAGUAACGGACAACGGGCUCCAGAAGGUUGAGAUGGAGAACCAGAUAUACGCCAUCCCUGAGGACAUCAUGCGAGGCAGUGGCACCCAGCUAUUUGACCACAUUGCCGAAUGCCUGGCUAACUUCAUGGAUAAGCUGCAAAUCAAAGAGAAGAAGCUCCCCUUGGGUUUUACCUUCUCAUUCCCCUGCCACCAGACGAAACUAGACGAGAGUUUCCUGGUGUCGUGGACCAAGGGGUUCAAGUCCAGUGGUGUGGAAGGUAAAGAUGUGGUUACUCUGAUCCGAAAAGCCAUCCAGAGGAGAGGGGACUUUGAUAUUGAUAUUGUGGCUGUGGUGAAUGACACCGUUGGGACCAUGAUGACCUGUGGCUAUGAUGACCAGAACUGCGAGAUCGGCCUCAUUGUGGGUACGGGCAGCAAUGCCUGCUACAUGGAGGAGAUGCGGCACAUCGACAUGGUGGAGGGUGACGAGGGGCGGAUGUGUAUCAACAUGGAGUGGGGGGCCUUUGGUGAUGACGGCGUGCUUGACGACUUCCGUACUGAGUUUGACCAGGAGAUCGACAUGGGCUCCCUGAACCCUGGGAAGCAGCUAUUUGAGAAGAUGAUCAGUGGGAUGUACAUGGGGGAAUUGGUGAGGCUUAUCCUGGUGAAAAUGGCCAAGGAGGAGCUGCUUUUCGGGGGGAAGCUCAGCCCGGAACUCCUCACCACUGGCCACUUUGAGACCAAAGAUGUUUCCGAUAUUGAAGGGGAAUUGGACAUGUGCCCACCUGCUGCCUUCCUGUUUCCCAGGGAGAAGGAUGGUGUCCGGACGGCCCGUGAGGUCCUGGUGAGGCUGGGCAUGGACCCGACACAGGAGGACUGUGUGGCCACUCACCGGAUCUGCCAGAUCGUGUCUACACGCUCAGCCAGCCUGUGCGCCGCCACGCUGGCGGCUGUGCUGCAGCGCAUCAAGGAGAACAAGGCCGGCAAGGAGCGGCUGCGCUCUACCAUUGGGGUUGACGGCUCUGUCUACAAGAAGCACCCUCAUUUCGCCAAGCGCCUUCACAAGACCGUGCGGCGCCUGGUACCCGACUGUGAUGUCCGCUUCCUCCGCUCCGAAGAUGGCAGUGGCAAGGGGGCAGCCAUGGUGACGGCAGUGGCCCACCGGCUGGCUGACCAACAUCGAGUUCGCCAGAAGACCCUGGAGCCUCUGAAGCUGAGCCGUGAGCAGCUGCUGGAGGUCAAGAGGAGGAUGAAAGUAGAAAUGGAGCGGGGUCUGAGCAAGGAGACUCAUGCCACUGCCCCCGUCAAGAUGCUGCCCACCUACGUGUGUGCUACCCCUGAUGGCACAGAGAAAGGUGACUUCCUGGCCUUGGACCUCGGGGGAACCAAUUUCCGGGUCCUGCUGGUGCGUGUGCGAAAUGGGAAGCGACGUGGCGUGGAGAUGCACAACAAGAUCUACUCUAUCCCACAGGAGGUCAUGCAUGGCACUGGGGAUGAGCUCUUUGACCACAUUGUCCAGUGCAUCGCUGACUUCCUUGAGUACAUGGGCAUGAAGGGUGUGUCACUGCCUCUGGGCUUCACUUUCUCUUUCCCCUGCCAGCAGAACAGCCUGGAUGAGAGCAUUCUCCUCAAGUGGACUAAAGGCUUCAAGGCGUCUGGUUGCGAGGGUGAGGAUGUGGUCACCCUGCUGAAGGAAGCCAUCCACCGGCGAGAGGAGUUUGACCUGGAUGUUGUUGCUGUGGUGAAUGACACAGUCGGGACUAUGAUGACCUGUGGCUAUGAAGACCCUCACUGUGAAGUCGGUCUCAUUGUGGGCACAGGCAGCAAUGCCUGCUACAUGGAGGAGAUGCGGAACAUGGAGCUGGUGGACGGCGACGAGGGGCAGAUGUGUGUCAACAUGGAGUGGGGGGCCUUUGGGGACAACGGAUGCCUAGAUGACUUACGCACAGAGUUUGAUGUGGCUGUGGAUGAGCUUUCUCUCAACCCUGGCAAACAGAAGUUCGAAAAAAUGAUCAGUGGCAUGUACUUGGGUGAGAUUGUCCGAAACAUCCUCAUUGAUUUUACCAAACGUGGGCUGCUCUUCCGUGGCCGCAUCUCAGAGCGGCUCAAGACAAGGGGAAUCUUUGAAACCAAGUUCCUGUCUCAGAUUGAGAGCGACUGCCUGGCCCUGCUGCAGGUCCGCGCCAUUCUGCACCACUUGGGGCUCGAGGGCACCUGUGACGACAGCAUCAUUGUGAAGGAGGUGUGCACUGUGGUGGCACGGCGGGCAGCCCAGCUUUGUGGCGCAGGCAUGGCCGCCGUUGUGGACAAAAUACGAGAAAACCGGGGGCUGGACACUCUCAAAGUGACAGUGGGCGUGGAUGGGACUCUCUACAAGCUACAUCCUCACUUCGCCAAGGUGAUGCAUGAGACUGUAAAGGACCUGGCUCCGAGAUGUGAUGUGUCCUUCCUGGAGUCAGAGGAUGGCAGUGGGAAGGGUGCAGCUCUCAUCACUGCUGUGGCCUGCCGCAUCCGUGAGGCUGGACAGCGAUAAAGUCCAUGGGAAGAGACUGCCUUUGCUUCCUCCUGUUCCCUGCUUUAAGUUAUCAGAUGCCGUCCCUUGUGUCACAGACAGACCCCUUGGCUUUCCCUUGGCAGAGAGGACCCUGUCGCUUGGGGUUUUGUCUCUUCCUACUCACUGGAAAGUUAGGUGCCCAGGCCUUGUCCCUCCUGAGAUAAAUACAAUUGGAAGUAAGGAUUUGUCCACACUUGUCACAACCAUUCCCAUUGUUUCUUAAAACUGAAAACAAAUUUUUAACUUUAGUAGACCCCCUGGCCAAAUUCCAUGUCCCUGUAGAAUCCCUAUAGGAUGGGGACAUUAAAUGAAAAGAUACCGUUGCUUCACCUUGGACCCAGACAUUUCUAGAUGGAUAGCAUCCCCCAGCAUGGAGGUUGGUACUGUUUCACCUCUCAGUUCUGGGGGGUCUCCACUAACUUGAGUCUGGUUCUUUCACAGGCAGAACGUGGGUGGUGAGGGAGAGGCAGCAGUGGAGGGAAAUCCAUGGAGUCCAUGGGUGGCCAUGUGGCUGUGCCUCUUCAGUCUCAGCCUCGAGCAUUUGCCUGGUGGGCUCCUGUGGAUGUUGUCCCUGGAAGCAAAGCAUCCUAAGUUGGAGCAAGCAAAACGGAAGCCCCAAGUUGAUGCAUCCUGCGAAUGGGCUUGUUUUCACAUCUCCUCGUGGGUUCAUGAGUUAUCCAUGAGAAAUGGACCUUUGGGAGAGGGACUUCUUUGGUCUGUUUUUAAAUUUUUUUCUUGCAGAAGUGGAAACAACUGUAUUUUCAUCUUAAUUUAUGUUUGAAAUGUAUUUAGUUCAUGAAGUACAUUUGCUCCCUCAUCUUGACACUGUAUGUAAUGUAUUUAUAUGUUAAUUUGUUAUGUAUAUAGACACACAAGGUUUCCUCAUUAGUAGAUUAGUAUAGUUAAAGGAUAGAAGGCGAGAUAUGGACUGGUUACUAGAAAUACCUCAUUCGCCUGCAGGAAGAGAAGGGGAGCCUCUUCAGAGUGAGUGAGCCAAUGGGCAAACAGCCCUUCCUGGCUCCUUUCCCUGCAGAAUGAGAGAGGCAGAGCCUGUGCCCUGAAGAAGCCACAGCAUCUAUGGCUACUCUGUCUGGAGACUGCGCCGGGACAAUAUCACAUUGGAUGCUAACCAAAGGAGAUGGCAAUCGUUUCAAACAGACUCAUUGUUCAGGAAACUACAUCCUUAGGGCUGUCAGUAGUAUUUUAAAUCUCUAACAAGACAAAGGAAGCUACCAAAAACAUUUUAAAAAGUUGUGUUUAACUCUUGAUAGCAAAACCAAACCAAAAUAAUUGAACAAACAAAACCUCAGGGACAACACUUUGGGUGGAUUUGUGACCUCCUCACAAAAUCGGUUUUCUAAAUGUCUUAUAAGAAGCCUUUGUUUUCCAUGUCCGGUGUGUACUGGCUUCUCUAGGCUGAGCUGUUUUUAUACACGGUAGGUAUUUAUUUCAAACAUCUGGGGGUGGGAGUGGCAUAAAGCCUUCCAGACCCUAUUUUCAAGAGAGUGCAGUUGAUUGUGAAUCUGAAAGCCCACUUGCCCUAAAAUACACAUACCCACACACAUCAAGCCUGAAUACUAAACGAUAGAGGAAAUGCCUUGUGGCACUAUUGAAUAUGAUGCAAGGAUUCAAACAAAUAUGGUAAGAUGCGACAAAAGCACCCAGUUUUUACACGUUCAUCAAACUUGUACUGAGAAGAGUGUCUAGAUUUAGGUAUGCCUAAGAAAUAGGUAGAAAUUUUAACUUUUAAACUUGAAAAAGAAGCACCGUCUAUGAGAUUGCACAUUUUCUUAAAGGUAGAGUUGUAUGUAUGACUAUUAAAUGUGUGUUGCUGGUUUCCAAAAAGGAAUGCUGGAAAAUGCAUUUGAAUGUUGGUCUUCCCACAAAUAGGUGACAGUUCCUCGGUGACGCUGCUUUGCCUGAUGUAAAUACACUGAAUAUCCACCUUUGACUGGGAUGUACUGCAUAAGUGGAUCUCAAAUCCUCAAGCACUCAGUCUAGUGAAGAUGUUGUCAUGCACAAUAAAGAACUAGUUGAAUUAACUAUGUAAUGUUAACUACUAUUAAUAAAUUUUAACAUUUUUCAAAAUA